CUUGGAGUAAAGUUACCAUAUACCUUUGGGCAAGGUAGCGCGCUGCUGGAUUUGAAUAAUGUUUUAUUCUUCAUCUAGAAUGAGGAGACUUUGUGCGGAGUUUGGAUAAAGACAUUGUGCCAUAAAACGUAUAGAAUUUUUUACCUUGUGAUGCUGUAGCCAAGACAUCUGUGAGAACACAGAAAAGUCAACAAGAAAAUACCGAAGAAGACAUCUGUGAGAACACAGAAAAGUCAACAAGAAUAUAUCGAAGAAAAUUAUAUUAAUUACAUAAAGUUAAGCUACUGGAAGAAUAAGAAUAAGAUAAUUGAUUUUAGAUUUCCGACUCCACGACGUGCAUAAAACUCCCACAAACUGCACUUGCAUUCUACUGCUGUCGAAAUAUUUUUUGACUAUUUAUUUCUUGGUCGCACAGCAUUUUAUUGUGGUCUUUUUUUAAUCGGAUUUCAUUUGAGUUUUGGAAACUACGAGUAGUGACAAUAGGCCUAACACCAAUUAAAGCGUUUUUGCUGAAUAAUUCAAGUUGCAGUUAUGAAGUCUCAUGCAUGGGCCGCCAGGCAGCGGACAGAAUGGAUGGCACUUAUUUGGGCAUUUGUGGUCUCUGUCCAGGGUGGCUUUGUGGAACCUCCUCCCUCCUUCUCCCUGCGCUCCCUGGCAGAGUCGGAGACGCGACUGCCCUGCCACUACCAGGUGGGUGACGGGGAGCAGGUGAUCCAGGUCACAUGGACCAGGGAGCUGUCAGACGGCACCAAGGAAAAGAUCCUCACUGCCCACCACAACGAGGUCCACACAGAGGUUGGGCCUUUCUCGGGGAGGGUGAAGUUCGACAGCGUCAGCCCGGCCAAUGACUCUGCCCUGCUGCUGCUCAGCACCCAGGAGUCUGACGAGGGCAGCUACACCUGCCACAUCAGCACCUUCCCCUCAGGGAACUUCGAGAGGAAAGUCUCCCUCACCGUUGAGACCACACACACAGCCCCCCAAUUAGCUGAACACACGCCACCCCCCCUCCCCCCUCCAGUGGUCUCUGUCCAGGGUGGCUUUGUGGAACCUCCUCCCUCCUUCUCCCUGCGCUCCCUGGCAGAGUCAGAGACGCGACUGCCCUGCCACUACCAGGUGGGUGACGGGGAGCAGGUGAUCCAGGUCACAUGGACCAGGGAGCUGUCAGACGGCACCAAGGAACAGGUCAUCACUGCCCACCCUACCGAGGGCCACACAGAGUUUGGCCGUUUCUCGGGGAGGGUGAAGUUCGAGAGCGUCAGCCCCACCGAUAACUCUGCCCUGCUGCUGCUCAGCACCCAGGAGUCUGACGAGGGGAGCUACACCUGCCACAUCAGCACCUUCCCCUCAGGGAACUUCGAGAGGAAAGUUUCCCUCACUGUCUGGACGUUACCCAUCUCCUCCCUGGAGCCCGUGGUCCUGACGGAGGGCCAGUCCUUCCGCGUUGCCGCCACCUGUCGUGCCGUGGCCCACCCCCCGCCACGCCUCUCCUGGGACACGGCCCUCCCCGGGCAGGCCCAGAACCGCAGCUCGGGGGGCGGCGCCAUCUCCGCGUUCUUCUCGCUGCAUCCGCUCCGCAGCAUGAACGGCAAGCGGCUGGACUGCCUGGUGUGGCACCCGGGCCUGAGGCAGCCCCGCAGGAUCAGCAACACCCUGCAGGUGCACUUUCCUCCCGAUGUUAGCAUCACUGGGCAUGAUGGGAACUGGUUCAUAGGACGAGAAGGAGCUGAGCUCCGAUGUGAAAGUGGAGGAUAUCCCAAACCCCAGAACUUCACGUGGACCAGGAGGGGUGGAUCUCUGACAGGAGGAGUGUCUGUACUUGGAAACAGGCUGCUCUUUGGGCAGGCCCUUAGCUUGAAUGACACCGGCGUCUACGAAUGUGUGGCUCAGAACAGUGCUGGAGCAGGAAAAGCUGAGUUCACCCUCACAGUGACGGCUCUGCCCCCUGAUUCAGAGAGGAGAGUGCAGGAACCCACCGUCGACAGCCUCCUCCUUAUAGUCGUCGGUGCGUCCGCCGGUGCUCUGGUCCUCAUCAUGAUCAUCAUUAUCUUCCUGGUGCACCGAUACCAUCGACGCCGCACGAAGAACCUAGAGAUGGAGCUCGGAGAAAGGACGGAAGAGAUGAACACCCUUUCCAGACAGGCCUCGUUCAGGAGAAUCAACUCUGUGGGCUCAGAUCCCAGAGCACUGGACGAGGACAGUGUCUCACUCAGAGUCGACAACAGAAUGAAGCACAGCCAGCUGUCGUUAGAGGACCGGCCCCUCUACCGGGGCAGCCAGUCCACGCUAGGCGGGAGGCGGGCAGCACUGGGAGAGUUGGAGGUGGACCACUUGGGCCGGCCCCUGCUAUACCAGUCGAGCUGGCGCGAGUGCCGCGGGAGGGCCAGGGCCUCGGCUGACAUGGACGGAGGCUGGGACGAGCAGCGCAGGCGGAGGGUGGAGUCCUACCUGAGGAACAGCCACAUGUCGUUGGACUCUGGCCUUCCCUCCUCCCAUCCCCAGCAGGAUAGUGGUGAGAGCCACACCACCCAGGACCCGUCCCCACCGGCCCCAGACUGGUGUGGCACCCAGGGGCCAGAGGACUGGGCUUCCAGUCUGCCCCUGCCGGAGGGCGAUGAGGUGGACUGUGACACUUCCUACCAAAUCUCAGAGGCGUUCUCCAACCACUUUGACUACAGCAACGGCUUCCUGCGGCCCAAACCUCACUCCAACGCCAUCCUUCUGCACCCCCGGGGGCAGGUUAUAUAGGUGUACACGUACGAUUGGCAAAAUGUGAUGAUCAUCUUCAAAAUGUGGUGAUCUUCACUACCUCAGAGGCAUUACUGAACUUUCUAGGUGACAGGUCACCCUAAGUCGGCAAAUGGCUACCACAUGCUUUUUAUAAUUGCUUUGGAAAUAUUGUCAAUGUCAGCACAUUUGUCUAAUAUCUGGCCAUCCCUGGAACAUCCACGUUUAUUACCCAGGAUGCAGGCAUUCAAACUCCUCACCUUUUGGUGAAAUUCACCUUUUUGAAAACAAAAUGGGUUACCUACGUGAUUCAUGCAGAUCCAAUGAAAAAUUUCGGGGGAGUUUGUGGCACUCCUAACGCCUAAACCUCACAGCCAAUCAGAAGCAGAGGUACUGAGCAGUCUGUAAUUGUUUUUAUAUGAUGUAUGCUAUAAAAAAAGUCUAUGGUAAAAAACAUUACAUUGUUUGCAAGAGCA